AUCGUGCAACAAUAUUACUCUCGUCCAUUACCUGAAUGUUGCUUUCAAACGCGAGGCGCCAUGCUUGCUCGGAGAUGUUCGAUACACGAGCUUUAAUUUCACGCGUGUACGGUAUACUUAACAUUUCGCGCGCGAAAGAUUGAGCGUAAUAAUAAUCAACAGCCGCGAUACGCGACAUCGCGGCGUCAUUUGCCGAAGCGGAUCGUGCGUUCACAACUGCGUGUUCGAAACUGCCAAUGCCCUUGUAGCGACCGUUAUCGCGGCAAAACAUUAUGGCCGCGAGCAUCGUCGGUUGCGCAUUACCUCGUGCACGGUGCUGUACGAGUUCGCCGUGACAAAGGGUCGUGAGAGGUUGCCUCGAACAUGAUUUUCGUGCUGUUCCAUGUGCUGUAUUCGCUCAGCAAGUACGUGUACAAGAGGUAUCAUGCAAAUCCGUUGGCGAUAUUGCACGACGCCGCGCAAGAGGCGAAAUUUCACAAAGAGUCCUGCGAGAUGCGCAAUGAGGUCUCGUGCGACGAGGAUGCCGUGUUGCCGAAAACCCAACUGAAAUUCUCGCCGCCGGCGUACAUACAGAGAUACAAUGCUGUGCUGAACGUGCUUAUCGAUCCCAAGUACGAGGGGAAACUGCGAAAGGUUGUCGAUUUUGGGUGUUCCGAGUUGGGCUUCCUAACUUUCUUGAAGCAUUUAGCUGGUGUAGAAGAGAUACUCUGUGUUGAUAUCGAUGAGGAAAUGCUGGAAAGGAACAACGUCAAAGCAAAACCAUACACUAUGGAUUAUGUACACCGGCGAAAGAGCCCGCUUACAAUUGAAAUAUGCUGCGGUAGCGUGACUCAAAAUGACCUGAGGUUGCAGAAUAUGGAUGCUGUAAUUUGUAUUGAAUUGGUCGAGCACAUGUACCUGAGCGAAUUGAUAGACUUUCCUCAUAAUAUAUUUGGAUACAUCAUGCCAAAAGUAGCAAUAAUAACAACACCAAAUGCGGAUUUCAACGUGCUGUUUCCAAAUUUCUCAGGUUACAGGCAUCCAGAUCACAAGUUUGAGUGGACGAGGGAACAGUUUCAAGACUGGGCACAGAACAUUGUGACGAGAUAUCCAGCUUACAGUGUAACGUUUCAUGGAAUCUGUAACGGACCUGAGGGUACUGAAGAAGUCGGUUCAUGCACACAAAUGGCGGUGUUUCAUCUUGAAUCACAAGUAGAGUGCAUUCAACCAGUGAUGAGUGACUUGUAUAAGACAGUGGCCAGAUUUGAGUACCCUGUAUUCUUCGAUUCUCGUACGGACGAGCAAAAGAUACUGGACGAAGCACUAUAUUACAUUAAUUUCUUGGCCUAUCAUGGCACGGAAAUGCUAGAGGAAGUACCUCUCAACAAAGUAUUGUCUUUCAUAAAGGAGGUCCCCAUUACGAUAGACGCAUUAAAGUCGCUUUUAGUGGAGCACAGAAUGGUCAUCAAAGAUGGAGAAGACGGACCAGUGGUCCUACCCUUCGAGAACUCUACAAUGGAAUCUGAAUCCGAUCAUAGCGAUGAUCCCUUGGAGUGCAGCGUGGUGGCAGAUUUCUCAGACGAUGCCGACAACCUGAUCGCGUGGAACGAUUUUGGUUCUCAUUCGUCCAUAAACGAACCACCGAUAGCAGAUGAAGAAUCUUUACUUCUACAAGUUCCAUACACCGAUUGGAAUGAAGAAAGCAUCGUGAUACCCGAAAAUCGCUCUGUCACUCUGGAAAAUACGUAUCUGUUUGAUGGGGAAGUUUAUCCAGGAGAUGAAGCUCACGUUUCCGAAAGGCCAAUCAGCAAUGGUGGUGAUACGAACUGUUUGACAGUUAACGAUACUGCAGGAGUUACAAUAGAAGAGUUGUCAGGUAACUCAAUUCCUCUCACUUUAGACAACAAUGAAUUAAAUGGGAAAACUCAAAUCAUUCAGUCUGAUGCGUUAACAAUAAUGGUCUCGGCAGCACCCAGCAGUAGUUCAGCACCAAAUAAUACAACGAAAAGAUUAGUUGAUAUUGUCACGAUAGAACCACCUCUGUCACAGGAAGAUGAAUUAAAUUUAAGAAGCAUGCAGAGAGCUUCGACGUUAAAUUGUCAACCGCAUCUAUCUGUCUCGCGCUCGUCAACGUCACCCGAACCACUUUACCUCAGUUUUGAGUUGAACAACUCUUUGCAAAAUUACAGCACACAUCAAAACGAAUCGUAUCAAAGCGCAGUUCUGAACAAUACUUUUUGCCAAUCAGAAAUGAAUGAAGCAACUGGGAAUGUAGACUACUGUGGUGCUGAAGAAGAUUGCUUGCGAAGAAGCAAAAGAAAUUUCUUGGAAAACGGCUCUAAUGUGGAGGUAAACAGCGAUUGUAACGUCGAGAGAGGUAAUAUUACUGCAAUGGAAGAACAAGUCUGCGAGGAUGUUAACGUGGCAGACAAACUGUCAGCAAACAUUUAUAGUAGUAGUUUUCAAAAUCAACCAAAGUUUACAAGUUCACCUAGAAAGAUGCCUAGUACCCUCGAGCAGAGGUAUAUCGAAAACGAAGAUCUUGUGCCUGCGGAUAGUAACUUGUUGUCAAGCAUAACAGAAACAAUCAAGAAAACCAAUGAAAUGAAUAUUGGUAAUAGCUCAAUAGCAAAUACUCAGAUAUCUAAUAGUGUUGUAGGAACAAUAAGCACAACUUCAUCAAGCAGUAAUGAUAAAGACACAGACGCAAAACGCAAUACAGAUUGUUCCGCUGAUAAUAAGACGCAGCAAGAAUCAUGUUCAGAGAAUAAAGAAUUCAGCGCCUCUACUUUCACCGAAAAUGGAGAUAAUAGAAAGUCUGCAGCGGAGAGCGGUAGUAUAAUCAAUCAUGAGACUGAUGUACAAAAUGUAGAUACGUACGUUUUAUCGUCGGGUGACAAAACCAUGAAGCCUGAGGAGGGAAACGUUUCAGCAUUGUCGAAACUGGACGAUAUUAACGCAAAAGCAUAUCUAGACAACGUGCUGGCUAGUGAUUCACGGACAAAUAUUAGCAAAAGAUGUUUAAGUCCGCCUAAAGAAUUUUUAAGUUCGAAAUUACGAAGAAAUGGUAAAUGUUCUUCUGAAUGUGCCAAAGAAGCUAGUGUUCUAGACGAUAAGUUUGUACCUUCUAGUAGCAGUGAGGAUAGAAGUAGCGUUCAGUUUGCAUCAAUGUCGAGAAACGAAGAAAACGUUAUGAAGGAGCCCGGAAAUAGAGAUGUAAAUAUGUCGAGUAUCACCAGAUUAAUAGAUAGUGUCGAAACUAAAGCGUCCUCUCCGCUCGAGACUUCUCCGAACAGUUGGUCUCCCGAGAUUAUGGAUUCCGGUUAUCCGAAUACCGCUUCCGCGCAGGACAUAACACCGGAAUAUGACUUAUCCAGCAUAGCUCAGGAUCAUAUACCGGACUCCGAGUCGCCGAGCGUUGCGGAAGCGCCAAGGUUCGGUAUUUUAGAACCGGUCGAAGUGGAGAACGGUGAUUUGGCGAACAACAACAGGGACGACGAAGGUAAUAACAUGAUGGCUGUGGACGCUGAUGACAAUGAGGACUUGCAGCCAUUUAUUGACGUGCUGGAAAACGAUCUUGAAAAUGAAAACGACAUUUACGUGAUGCAAAACGGUUUUCCUAUGUGGUUACUCAGAAUAUUGGAAAUGGCCAAUCCGCUUGACUUUGAUGUGCAAGGUCAGCAAAAUCGGAGAGACGAAGAUGAUGCUCAUUACGUCGGCCGUGAUGAAGGUUUUGAUAGCAGUUCUUCAGAGAAUGAAAGCGAUGUAGUUUAUAAUGAAAUGGAAAACGAUAAUGAACAUGAAGAAUAGAAUAAAGAUCUUUUUUUAAUGGAAGGGAAGGUAGGGAAGAAGAACGAAAUGUGAUGCCUGAUAUGAUUAAAACAUUUCAGUAUAAUGUUACAUAUCAUUCUUCGACGCUUUUGACAAAGCUUACAGCGCAAAUAUGAAAAAGGUAAAGUUUAUAUAUUGAAGAACGAUUUCUGUUUUAUUUUAUAAGAAGUGCAUAUUUUAGUAUGGCUUUAAUUAAAAUAUAUUUUCUUACGUUUGUUUCGAAUUAAAAAUAAAAUCAUGUUUAAAACUUAUGUGAUAAUGAGAAAAAUCUGAUUAAUUUAUGAAAAAACAAAACGAAGUUGGUAUAUUAUAGAUUUUUCUCAAAACUUAUCUCUUUCAAACUCUUCCUUAAGCACAUUUAUUAUUUUUUAAAAUUGUGACAGUGUAAAGAUAUGUCAAAAAGUGGACGUUUUAUUUCUCUCUCUUAUUGGAAAUUAAAAUAUGCUGUUAUUACUCAUCAGAACAUCAAGGAUUUUAAUCUUAAAACAUAAGCAUACAUAUAUAUACAUAUCGACAUCUAACAUAUAUAUAUAUAUAUAUAUAUAUACAUAUAUAUUUUCUUACGAUUCUACCAUUUUUCCAUUAAUUGUUUAUCAAAUAUCAAACGUUUUCAAUAUAGUAUUUUAACUUUUAAUGUAAUCUAUGAAAGUUCAUGACUAUGUUAAGUUUUGGUAGAUUCAAUAAGAUAUAUAUGUGAUAUUUGGUAGAUUACUUACUCAACUGAUAAAUUGCUAACGCUAAGUUGAUUGUGACUGUUUGAUUAUAGUUGUAGUGUUAGUGAUAGUUUGAUUAAACUUCUUACGUAAGACUGAAACUGCGUAUAGUUAUGUUCAUAAUGCAAAGACUUUGGACAAAUAAAACAUAGAAUCUGGACA